UUAUAUAACAGUUCUUACUUCAUCCAAUUUCUACUAUCAUGCUAUGUUUAUUACAAACUUUAUAUACUCACAAAGCAACAAAAACACUAUCAAGCAUUAUUGAAGUCUAAAAUACUUAAUGAUCGAAAUGUAAGAAUUUAUUUGUGUGGGAAAUGUGAAGAACCAAUUCGAGAUCGCUUUUUGCUAAAAGUUCUCGAUUGCUCGUUUCAUGCGCAAUGCUUGCGAUGUUGCCAUUGUGAGCAGCUGCUAUCUGCCAAAUGUUUUUUAAAAAGUGGACAGCCAUACUGUAAAGAUCACUUUUACAAACGUUUUGGUACAAAAUGUUCAAUGUGUAACGAAGGAAUCUGUCCAGAUAUGGUUGUCAGACGUGCUAAUGACCACGUUUAUCACGUAUCUUGUUUCCAGUGUGUUAUUUGUAAACGUGAGCUUCGAACUGGCGAAGAAUUCUAUCUUAUCCCAACAGAUGGUCGCUUGGUAUGCAAAUCAGACUAUGAAAUGGCUAAAACUAAAGGUACAUUAUUAAAGAUAAGUAAUCGGUCAACAAAAUUUAUCUUUAACAAAUUAAUUUUUUUAGAAACAGACAUUGACUCAAAUGCAAAACGACCCAGAACAACAAUCUCAGCGAAAAGCUUGGAAACCUUAAAACAAGCUUACCGAGCAAGUUCCAAACCUGCUAGACAUGUCCGUGAGCAAUUAGCUGCUGAUACUGGCCUUGAUAUGAGAGUUGUUCAAGUUUGGUUCCAAAAUCGUCGAGCAAAGGAAAAACGCUUGAAAAAAGAUGCUGGUCGCCGGUGGGGAACAAGCUAUGGGGUAACGAGAAGUCUCGAUAGUGAUAGUGCAUCUCCAAACGAUAGUGUUUGUGAAAGCCCUAUCUAUGGUAAGAAAUUUUUCCCUCAAUAA